AUGAAACUAAUCUUAAUUACAAAUUAUGAUCAUUCAGGUAAAACCCAAGAAUGGUUGCGACGACUCACCGCCGAAAAUCACGAAAUAAGCCCAUUGUCAUCCCCACAGUUCUCAGAUGACGCUGAAGCAACCGCUGAAGAUCGAAUCAGCAGCUACUCUGAUCCACGAGGUUCUCAGUUGGAUGGCCUUGGAGAUCCCGUCGAGAAGCAUGCACCAGUGAAACGGAAGAAAUUCCCACUUGGAGCGAGUGAAAAUGAGCGGGGAUCCAAACAUGUUGUUGUGGAACGGUUCUGA